UUACUGCUGCCAAUCCUCUCCCUUUCUCCUGCUUCUCCUCCGUUUUAGUUUUAGUAUCGACCUCCUUCACGGAGCAUCUCUGCUCGCCACCCUCCGUCUCCACCCUGCCAUCGUCUCAGCACCCGCGCCGCUUCCUCUGCAGGUGGAUGGAGGCUGGAAGCCCCGGAGACACGAGCCAUGCACGGGAAGCGCUGCUGUCAGACUGCUGAGCACCUCCCUUCGCGCCGGGGACCACAUCCUUAAAUGACCCGCGGCUGAGGAGGGGGUGUCUCCGGAUCCAUCGCCCGGAUCAUGGCAUGCUGCCCACACCGGGCAUUCAGCACUGACCAUGGGGCUCCGGUCCAGGACCAUCGCUAGCGGCUCGGAGGAGCACAAGAAGACCUCCGGCGCUCCUCCCGGGGACUUAUUGGACCAAGGCACAGGGGUUGCGGACAAGGAUGGCGCCCUGCUGCUGGUGGCUGCGGGCCGGGAUGACUACAAGCGGGGCUCUCAGGGCAUCGGCAUCGGGCUGCUGGCUAAGACUCCCCUAAACUACACCCGGCCAGCCAAGAGGAAUAACAUCCGCAAGAGGAGGAUCCAGAACCUGCUCUAUGACGCGCUGGAGAGGCCGAGAGGAUGGGCGCUGCUCUACCACGCGUUCGUCUAUGGUCUGUGUCAGGCUUCAUCCAACCAGAGGGAAUGAUCACCGACCCUCUGCAGCGCACCAGGUCGCUCCCGCAACCUCCUGUCCUUCGCCCUGUACGGUCCAGCGCAUCUCAUGAAGAAAAUAAAGGUCAGGUCGAAACAGUGAAGAGAGGAUGAAUGAAAAUUAACCAAACCUCUUAAUCUGUGUAUUAUUCAUUAAUAUACAGCUCACUUUAAUUAAUAACAGUUGGAUGUCCUGACAACAAUCAGUAAAUAAAUUUGAUACUGAAGAAAUCUUAAAAACUGGAGGAUUCUCAGGCAACAUCUGAGGCCUGACUAAAAACCCACCUAUGUUGAUGUUCAAGUUCGUCUUAAUUACAUUUAAGUA